UUGCGGAAGUGCUGCAGCAGCGUUAGUGUAACGUGAAUUUGCUGUCAGAUCAAUUUCGUUCACAGGUUGAAUGAGUUAUUAAUUUAAAAACAAUCAGUCCGUGAUGGCAGCUCUUAAGUAUGCAGGAAUGGAUGAUACAGACAGUGAAGAUGAGCUUCCGCCCGGCUGGGAGGAGAGAUCCACUAAAGACGGUUGGGUUUAUUAUGCCAACCAUGAGGAAAUGAAGACCCAAUGGGAACAUCCCAAAACUGGGAAGAAGAAACGCUGUGCUGGAGCUUUGCCCUAUGGAUGGGAGCAGGAAACAGAUGACAAGGGUGAAAACUACUAUGUCGAUCACAUCAACAAACGCAUGACGUAUUUUGACCCUCGGCAGGCGUUCACUAUAGAAGACAUGCAGGUGAAGCCCAAACGCUACGAUGGUAACACCGCCGCUCUGGAGAUACUGCAGGGUCGUGACCUCUCCGACAUGGUCAUAGUCAUCACAGGAGCCAACUCUGGGAUUGGUUUUGAGACUGCCCGAUCAUUUGCUCUUCACGGCGCCCAUGUGAUCUUAGCCUGCCGUAACAAAAGUCGUGCCAGUAAAGCAACGAGUCUGAUAUCAGAAGAGUGGCGCAAAGCUCGCGUUGAAGCCAUGACCCUGGAUUUGGCCUCCUUGAGGAGCGUCCGAGAGUUUGCGGAGGCCUUCAAAGCCAGAAAACUACCGUUGCACAUUUUGGUGUGUAAUGCAGCAGUCUGCACACAGCCCUGGACGCUGACAGAGGACGGGCUUGAGUCCACCUUUCAGAUCUGUCAUCUGGGUCACUUCCACCUGGUUCAGCUACUGCAGGAUGUCCUGUUGCUCUCCGCUCCGGCUCGAGUCGUGGUGGUCUCAUCAGAGUCUCACAGGUUCACAGAUCUGGUGGACUCGUGUGGGAAGGUGGAUCUGAAUCUUCUCUCACCGCCUCAGAAGGAGUACUGGUCCAUGCUGGCCUACAAUCGCGCCAAACUCUGCAACAUCCUCUUCUCCAACGAGCUGCACCGCCGCAUGUCACCCCACGGCGUCACCUGUAACGCAGUACAUCCCGGAAAUAUGAUGUACACCUCCAUCCACCGCAGCUGGUGGCUCAUGACCCUGCUCUUCACCUUUGCACGACCCUUCACCAAAUCCAUGCAACAGGGAGCAGCCACUACGAUCUACUGUGCCGUGGCUCCAGAGUUGGAGGGUCUCGGAGGGAUGUACUUCAACAACUGCUUCCGCUGCCUGCCCUCUCUGCAAGCCCAGGACCCAACAGCUGCCCUCAGUCUUUGGGAACUCAGCGAGCAGCUCAUCCAGGCGAGAUCAAAUCCAUGUCAGGCGCUUUGACCCCAUCCAGCGUGGUCUUGCGGCCUCCGUAAGGUCGCCUAAAUGAGCAUCACCACUACGUAGAGGAUGCAGGCAUGGAAUAACCAUUGUUUAAAGGGACAAAAAAAAAAAAAAAAAAAAAAGAUGAGAAGAUGCAAUUCUAAACUGUACAAGGACGUUGGCAAUUAAAGGUGGAAGUUAUCUGGGAAUCUGGGCUGGGAGUUCUACAGCAGAUAAGGAGAUGUGGAGAGACAGCGAGAGACUCAAUUCAAUUGUGUUUCUCUCAAAGACAUAAUCACUGGGUUAGGGUUUUAACUAGGUCUAGCUCACUCUAUAAAUGUCUCAUUAACAAGCACUAAUGUUUGAGUUGUCUAUAAAGGGGGCAUUAUAUUUACUAAUAUGGUUUCAAUUAAGUUAACCUUUACAAGUGGAGGUUUACCACAUACAAAUACUCAUCUGUCUGAAGAUCAAUAUCAACCCAUACGCCUGUGCAAAUACAAAUGUUGAGUAAAUGUUUUAAGGGGUGUAACCUACAGAGACAUAAUGCAGGAAAUGUACAAUUUGUGAACUAUUUACAAACAUGGUAUUUUCACAUUUCUAAGAAUAAGCUUGAAUUGAUAUCCUGUACACAAUAUAUACACAAGAUGCUAUUCUGGAAGAAUUUGAAUGCUGUUGUUGUUUGAAACCCCAUCUGGCUAGAGCCUCUGAAAUUCUACAAAACGCUACGCUAAUAUGAAGAACAAUAAAACCGCAUCUGAUAUGAGAACCGGAGGGCCGUCAAUGGCAGAAAAUGAGAACGUUUUUGAAUUCUUGAAAUAUCUGGUGGUUAUUCCUUUUUGGGUUCCUUUUAUUGUCCAAUUUGCUUUGUCAGACAUGCAGGGAUGUUUCAAGGCUUUGCUCAUUUUUCAUUGUUGUGACAUCUGUAAAUCAGGGUGAAGUCAGUAAUUGGGGAUUUUGGGUAAGGCUGAGGGAUGGCACUCAGGUUGAUAAAGGGCUUCUUAUUUCUCUGACUCCUCCAUCUUCUUCCUUCUCCUCACAGUCUUCUUCAUCAGGGGUUGAUUUUGGAGAGGUUGUGCUUUGUGGCAGUCUUGGAGCCAUAGGUCACCCUAAGCCAGAAGCAUUCCAGUGUUGCACUGUCUGUAAAACAAAGAGAAAGAAAGAGCGGGAUGUUUAUUAAAACAUGAUUCGAUUCUU